UAGCCACUAAGAGACCACACACGUGACUCUAGCAGCCUUAUCGCUGAAGACCCGCAAGAACACAGGCCACAUCUCAUAAAAUAAAAUAAAAUGAUCUCUCUCACAACUUCUCACAACUUCCCACCCCUCUGUUUCGUUUUGGGUUCUUCGGUGAAACCCGACUACCCUCAAAUCCCAUAAGAAACCAACAUCGCUUUUUCGGCCACAAUGCAGGUUCAUCGUAACGCGCGGGUCCUAGAUCGACUUAAUUAUUCUUUUAUAUAUAUUACGUAUCGGUUUAUUUUCUUCGUAUUAACACGCCGCAACUUCAGUAUUGGUGGUCAUUGGCAGUCGUGUGGCAUUGGUGUUUGCCCCCGCCACAACGCAGAGAAAUCUUGAGUGUAACCAACUAGAUCCAUCAAUCAAUCGAUACAACUGCGUGUGCGAAUUCCAGACACGAUGAUGACCGAUUUCAACAAGAAAACACAGAUUUCUAUGGAGAAGAUGAUGAGAUAUCCGGGUUACAUAUGUCGGAAAACAUGGAAACUUGGUCGAGAUGAUCCGAGAAGGUUGAUCCAUGCAUUUAAAGUAGGGUUUUCUUUGACAUUAGUGUCUUUGUUAUACUUAAUGGAGCCUUUGUUUAAAGGGGUCGGACAAAAUGCUAUUUGGGCUGUUAUGACUGUCGUCGUUGUUCUUGAAUUCACCGCUGGGGCGACGAUAUGCAAGGGAUUAAAUAGAGGAUUCGGGACAUUAUUGGCAGCAUGUCUAGCGUUUUUAUUCGAGAUUAUAGCUAGAGAAUACGGGAAGAUUUUUCGAGCUGUUUUCAUUGGAGCGUCGAUUUUUAUAAUUGGGGCAUCAACUACAUUUUUGAGAUUUUUCCCAAAAAUAAAAAAGAACUAUGAUUACGGUGUGUUGAUAUUCCUCUUGACGUUCAACUUGAUCACUGUAUCGAGUUAUCGUGUCGACGAUAUCCUGAAACUAGCCAAAGGGCGCAUUUACGCUAUCGCGAUCGGUUCUGGUAUUUGCAUUCUUAUGAGUCUUUUCAUCCUCCCGAAUUGGUCUGGUGAAGAUCUUCAUAAUUCAACUGUUACCAAAAUUGAAGGUCUAGCAAAAGCAAUAGAAGCUUGUGUCGAAAAAUACUUAACCGAUGAAGAAUCAGAAAUGGAAAUCGAUAACACAUCCGAUGAUCCUAUUUACAAGAAUUAUAAAGCUGUCUUAGACUCAAAAUCGACCGAUGAAACCCUAGAGCGUCAUGCUAGUUGGGAGCCGAGGCACUCGUGGCAUUGUCACAAGUUUCCGUAUCAACAAUAUGUGAAGCUAGGAGGCGUUCUUCGUCAUUUUGGAUACGGGGUUGUCGCUCUUCAUGGAUGCCUACAAACCGAAAUUCGGACUCCAAGAUCAGUUAGACUAUUGUUUAAAGAUCCUUGCAUUCAUCUUGCUUCAGAAGUAACAACAGCUCUAAUGGAACUCGCUAAUAGCAUAAGAAACCGACGACAUAGCUCGCCAGAAAUCCUCACCGAACGUCUACAACAAGCACUCCAAGACCUCAACACCGCUCUAAAGUCCCAACCACGCCUCUUUCUCGGACCAAAUAGCCCAAACAACACAUCCAAAAUGCUAGCCUAUGUUGCCGCAACAGCACGCCAAAAACUAGAACGCCACCCAUCGAGCCUGAAACCAGACUCUAACCCUAAUACACCGACCUUGUUUGACCGAAAGUCAAAGGGCGGGACUGAGGCUGAGAAGCGGGUUUUGAGGCCCACAUUAAGCAAGUUGACAAUCACAAGUUUGGAGUUCUCGGAAGCACUUCCAUUUGCGGCUUUUGUAGCUUUGUUAGUAGAGUUGGUGGCUAGACUUGAUCGUGUGAUCGAAGAAGUUGAUGAGCUCGGGAGAGUGGCUUGUUUUAAAGAGUUUAAACACUGUGAUGAAGUGACUGUGGAUGUUGAAAAACGAACGCCAACCGAGAUUAAUCUUCCUAAUCCUGUUGGGGGAGAGUGAAAUGGAGCAUAAGAAGCCACAAAAUCAUUUUGUGUUGGUUUAAGUCUUUAAACGUGACAAAUAUGAUAGAUAUAUGUUUGUACUUUUUUUAUUGGGAGUUAUGGGAAUAGAGGACCUGCUGUGGGUGCUAAAGGAUGACCACGGACAAUGAUGUGGCAGGCGACGGAUGAAGGUGCCACGGAUGUCACAUUGGUCUGUGACUGUUUUUCACGAGUUCUUUUGUUUAUCCUUGUUUUAUUUUUUAAUAAAACUCAUAUUAUGUUUAAUAUUAAGUUUUGUUAAAUAUCAUUACCAUGAAAUUGAUAGUAAA